GAUAGAUAGAUAGAUAGAUAGAUAGAUAGAUAGAUAGAUACUUUAUUAAUCCUAAUGGGAAAAUUCUCAAAAUUCAGUUAUUCACUUGAAAUAGCUACGAACUUCUAUAUGUUUCUCUUGGUAGCCUGCUGUUAAAAUGUCUUUGAAAGAUAGAUACCAAGCGUCAGUGGUGCUGAGUGGAGUUGGAGACGCCUUGGGAUACAACAAUGGCAAUUGGGAAUUCUGUAAUAGUGGGACACAAAUUCUGAAAGAGCUCGCUGCAAUGGGAGGACUAGAAGCAGUGGAUAUUGAUAAGUGGAUUGUGAGUGAUGACACAGUAAUGCAUCUGGCCACUGGUGAAGCACUAAUAAAGGCAGGGAAGAAGCCCGAGCUCCCUGAACUCUACAAGAUUAUGGCUGAAGUAUAUCAAGACUGCAUGCAUGAUAUGGAUGAAAGGUCUCCAGGCUGGACGUGUAUGGAAAUGGUGAGCACACUGAACCCUGAUGUUCCAGGUGGACUGAAUCUUAAAUUUAAUCCAAAAGGAGGAGGAUGUGGGGCUGCCAUGCAUGCCAUGUGCAUUGGGUUGCGAUUUCCACAACCUUCUGAAGAAAAACUCCUGAUUGAAGUGAGCAUUGAGAGCGGGAGACUGACCCAUCACCACCCUACGGGUUAUCUGGGCGCAUUAACUGCAGUGUUAUUUACAGCCUAUGCUGUGAAUGGCAAGCCUCCUCGGGAGUGGGGAAGGGGUCUCCUGGAAGUUUUGCCAAAAGCAAAAAGCUACAUAGUAGAAUCUGGACGUGAUGUUCAAGAAAAUCUGGAAACAUGGGGUUAUUUUGAAAAAAAAUGGAAUAUCUAUCUUGAGGAAAGAGGAAUUCUGGAUAGCAAAUCAGAACCUAAAUUCCCUGAUGCCUAUGGUCCUGCAGAAAGAGAUGCCUUUUAUUCAACACUGAGCUAUCAAGGCUGGGCAGGAGCCAGUGGUCAUGAUGCUCCCAUGAUAGCAUAUGAUGCUCUGCUGAAAGCUGGUAGCUCCUGGGUCACUCUUGCCCAUCAUGGAUUUUUCCACGGAGGUGACAGUGACACAACGGGUGUCAUUGCUGCAUGUUGGUGGGGAGCCAUAUAUUGCUUUGAGGGAGUGCCCAAGUGCAAUUAUGAAAAGCUUGAGUAUAAAAGCAGACUAGCUAAAAUUGGUGAAGAAUUGUAUGAGCUAAGUAGAAAUCAACUCACUAAUGGUGGUGGUGGUGGUGGUAGCUGUCAACAGGCAUGAGAAACAUAAGAAAUCGACAAGUCUGAGAAAUCCGAUUUGUCUGUUGGUUGAAAUAAUUUUAUAAAAUGUACUUACACUAUAACAUACAUGUAUUUUUAUAUGCUUUUUGAAUUCAGAGUAAUACAAAUUAUUAACAUUUCUCAACAAUGUAUCUGUGAAUUUCCCCUUGGGAUUAAUAAAGUAGAUCUAUCUAUCUAUCUAAUAGUUACAUUUAAAUUUCCUUGGAUAUGAAAGUAGAGAAAAGCCAAGCAAAAUGACACCUUUUAUUGGCUAACUAAAAAGAUUACAAUAUGCAAGCUUUCGAGACAACUCAGGUCCCUUCUUCAGGGAAGAUGUUAUACAGAGACUGGAGUUCCCUAUGUUUAUAUACACACUCUAGGACAAGAAACAACAUUGGUAAAUCUUUAAAUGAGAAAUUUUAAAUGUAAAAAAAUAAUAGAUUCAUUCAGGCUAGGGUUAAUUUAACAAGAGAAAAAAUAACAAUGUAUUGUCAAGAUCUCUAGAUAAGAUAACUGUCCAACAAAGUCUUUUGAAGUUUGUAAUGAGUUUUUUCAAAACAAUGUGGAUCUGUAGUCAGGUUGUCUGUCAUUCUGAGAGAUGUAAACAAUUCUCAUAUCUGGCCAUAAACCUCUUGUCUCUAUUCAAUCCAUGUUGUUAUGUAUUAAAUUUUAGCAUGAGUUUAAAUUCCCAUUCUUUUCUCUCUUGCUGUGUUUUGAAGUUGCCCAUAAGCACUGUGACUUUAAAGUCCCUCUCACAGUGUCCAUGGCUGUUGAAGUGGGCCGCUACAGGAACAUCUGUGUUGCCAUGUUUAAUGUGGAACCUGUGUAAAUUCAUUCUCUGGCGGAGUGUUUGUCCAGUUUCUCCCACAUAGAGUGCAGUGUCAGGACAUUUCAUGCAGAAAAUUAGGUAGACUACAUUAGAUGAUCUGCAGGAAAAUGAUCCCUUUAUGUGAUGUUCAAGUCGGCAGUGUGGUAUAACUAUACGGUCUGUAUCAUAGAUGUGGGCACAUGUUUUGCAUCUUUUCUGUAGGCAUGGAGAUGUGUCAUUUUCUGUUGGUUCACUUAGGGACCUUCGGACAAUUAGUUGUUGAAGGUUUGGUGGUUGUCGGUAUGCCAGGAGGGGAGGUUCAGGAAAUACAUUUUUCAGUGUUUGGUCAUUGUUUAGUAUUGGCUGAAGUUCUUUUAUAAUUUUUUGAAGUGUUUCACGAUGUGGGUUGUAGGUGACAACAAGGGGGAUGCGAUCCUUGUUGUCUUUGUUUUUAUAUUCCAGAAGGUUGUCUCUGGGUAUGGCAGUAGCUCUUCUUAUUUGAGUGUAUGUUGUUUUGGGGGUGUAACCUUGUCUGAUGAAAUCUUGUCUGAGCUCCUGCAGUUGUUGAUCCUGGUCUGUCAGGUCUGAGCAAAUACGAUUGUACUGUAUUGCUUGGUUGAAAAUAAUGGAGCGCCUUAUAUGCUUGGGGUGGAAACUAUCACUUUUCAGGUAGGUCCGUCUGUCUGUCGGUUUGUGAAAAACAGAAGUUACAAGGGUGUUGUCUUUCAGUUGAACAAAAACAGAAGUCAGCUUCCUUGACACCACCGUUCAACUGUCAUUUUGCUUGGCUUUUCUCUACAUUCAUAAUGGCUAACACAGUACAACACCCUAGUACUACUUGGAUAUGAAAAUUAUUUAAUCACUGCACCUAUUUAUAAAAACAUGUUAUUCAAAUUUCAAGAGCAGAGCUGCAAUAAAAUUUAAACAGUAGACUAAACUGUUAGAAUUUGAGCUGGAAAAAUGUUGCUGUAUUCUUUACCAAAUUUCACAUUAUCAAAGUUACCAUUCCUCUCUCCAGCAAGGCCCAAUUUCAGACAGGUAAUUUUAGCAUCAGUUCCACUAUUACUGUCCAAAUUUUCAUUCUGAGGGUUGUGAAGUCGGCACACUGAACCCUGCACAUCAGACUUAACUUUCCCCAGAAAAAAUCAUAAUGGUGUCACUUUGUAGUUCAAAUAACAGAUUCAACUUUGUAUUGACCAUCCAUCCUGCUCAGGACCAUGGGGCCAGAACCUGUCCCAGCAACAUUAGGAGCAAGGUAGCAAUCAACCCUGGAUGGAAAUCAUGUGCACAACCAUCUUCAGAUCCGGAGUAGCAGUAUACAUUAAAGAUAUCUGUCUAUAUUUACUGAGAUGUAUUGUCCUGGGAGAAUGUUGCACCAGCUGCUUUACAGGCCAGAUUGAAUGUACUGAAAUCUGCUGAAUGUCACCUUACCUAAACUUAUUGCAUGUUCAUAAUACCCUUAAUAAAAUAAUAAAGUUUCCAAACUACCAAAUCUUAUUUUAAACUUA